AUGGAAGCAGACGACCCCUUGCAGGAUGGAGGAGCCAGUCCGAGAGCAUCAGAUCAGCACGAGUUUGCGGAGAUCCCGUGGGGAACGUUGCUGGGACGGGUAGCCCCGGCUGCAAUGCCCAUCCCUGGACGCAAGAUGGAUGCCAUGGUGACCUUGGGGCGAGCUAUCCAGCAAGCCCUUCGCGCAAGCACUGCCGAGGAGUCAGUGCACAUCCUCCACACCGGGCCGGCAGAGACCCACGUGCUUAUCCAGGUGAUCUUCGAUCAUUCCAGAUACAACGGUCAAGACCUGAUGCAAGUGUUGGCGAGCCAUGCCGAGGCUUUGGAGGAGAUAUCAGAGAGUCGGGAAGGUAAUGAACAAGAUGCCGGAAAGAUGAUGCAGCUGAACGAGCAUAUCACCCUGCGCCGGAUCGCGCCCCACCUGGAUCCCACGGCCUCGAACCUUCCGGACGUCGGACUUUCCGAGUCGCUCCAUGCGCAGAUUCUCGAAAGUCCGGCGGCCCGGAUGCCCAUGAAGGAAGUCUACAGAGAGAUCGCACGGCUCUUCAACAGCACGUUUGUGAUCUUCAUCGAUCUGAGCCACCUUUUUGCCGGGGAGCCCUGCAUGCUGCGCUAUACUUUACAUCCGGACCUGGACUUUGAUGUGCAGUGGGAUGAGAUUCGGGCCUUGAAGAGGAAUGCUCAAGGGGCUGUCGUGCAACGCUGGCAUCUGCACCUUGACCGGCAAGAGCGGUGGGCAACAUGUUUAAAGGCGGCCUCUUCCUUCUGGGUGCCUCUCUACGGUAACCAGAAAGCGGAGUCUGCAGAAAUGCAGAACAUCACCGGAGUUCGCUAUGGAACCGAGCUGCCGCAGAGUGACCUGAUGCCUCCGAGGCACAUCGUCACCCAACUGGCCUUCUGCUGCAGAUGGGUGUCUAGGUUUCUUAGCACAGAAUGUAUUCGAGAUGCUGAGAAGUGGCUCAUGGUCUGGAUGACCACAGGAUUGAUCGCCGCUCUCCUGGCAUUUCUUGCCCACGGCUUCGACGAUGGCUGCAGCUAUGUUACCUUGCAGCAGGCCUGCUUGCCGGCGGGUGGCAUGCUGGUGCGCGAAAUGUCACCCUUCCAGUGCACCACAACAACGUCAACUUUGUCAACAACUUCUUCAACUGUACUUCCGUUCGACUGCUCCGCUGGCUACAGCAACAGGGAGUUGAGCUGGUCAGAUGCGAAGAAAGAGUGGUGCUGCUCCAACCAGCAACACAUCCAGCUUGACAACCACAUCAGCCUCACAGACCAGCACAUCCUCCACUGUGUCUAG